UGAAACUUAACCAAAAUAUUUAAACUUUUAAUUUAACUAAGUAUUGUGAUAAUAGUUAGCAAUAGUUAUUAAGUGAGGUUUAAAUGGAUAUCUAAAUAUAUGUUGUUGUUUACUAGUUCUAGUAAAUGAGUGAUGUGUGAUUAUAGUUAACUAUUCAAGGAAUUUCAGCAAAAAAAUCAUGCCCCACCUCUUAACAACAUAGUAUGAGAAAUGUUAUAAAAUGGCCGAGUUCCUGCCCCUUUGCGAUGUGCUAUUCAACGUGAUAUCGCUAGCGGGCUACUUCUGCGACGUGGUGUUCGACCUCGUGAUGGGGUACGCGCUGCUCGAACGCGGGUACAAGGGGACGUUCGCAGCCACUAUAUCGAUAGUUAUCACAUCACUAUUGAUAUCACAGGUACUAUCACUCCGUUGGUAUCUCCACGUGUGGUGGGGUAGCGAGGGUCGUAAAGGUCGACCACCUUGGCUACCGAUACUCUUACACUGCUUACAAAUGGGUGUACUGUGGAGAUACGCAAGGUUACUUGUACCUGUCGAACUGCGGAGGGUUAAACACCAAGUUCGUGAUCUUUGUAUGUUGCGUCUGGUCCACGCCUUUUGCGAAGCGGCUCCAAUGUUGCUCUUACAAUUACACAUUUUAUUAAAAGAAGCACAUUUGGAGAUCAGCGAACUGGGUGUCCCUCCGGAUCCUAAUAUCGACGAACCAGCCGCAAACAAAGCGUUCGCGGAACUGAACAUAAUAUCGGCGUCCCUAUCGCUAUUCUCCGUGUGCUGGGCGCUCGCCAGCUUCAGCAAGAACGUGCGGCUGCAGAACGUGCACCGCCUCGUGUUGACCUGGCUGGGGGUUAUAUUCCAGUUUCUUUGGCGGCUGGGUACGAUAUCGGCCCGCGUGUGCGCGCUCACCGUCUACGCUCUAGUCUACGAAUACUGGGUAUUCUUAGUUAUAGGCCUGCACUGGGUGUCCAUGUUCCUGUGGCUGAUAUCGCCCAAGAACGUGUUCCACGGGGAGCGCAUCAGCCGCCCGCGCAAGGCCUACCUCGCGGCGCUCAUCGCAUUCGUCUACGUGUUCGCGUACGUCAACCUGCAGGAGCUCAACCAUAGGCAGAAAAUGGUGAUAUUCUACUGCGUGAUGUGCGUAGAGAACAUGGUGCUAGUGACGGCCUGGUGGUGGGCCGGUGCCCCGAGAGGCCCGCCGCCGGCCCGCCUCGCGCCCGCCGCAGCGGCUGCCUUCCUGGCGGGCCUCGCUGCUAUGUCCCUGUACUACCGGUACUUCCACGUGCGGCGACUUGGCUACAUGCUGGGAGAACAUCAACAAGGAACCAAUAGUACAAACGCUUCCUCACAGAACAAGCUUGGUAAAUCUGGUCAAAAUGACAAUACCGUGAUACCGGGCGUGUUCAACUGUAGGUUUUCAAAUCCAGUAAAUAGCAGCGCGGCGAACGGUCGCAAGAAGAAGAAGCCGACAUCGUUCGUGCCCCCGCCGGCGGGCGCCGCGCCGCAGCCCUUCUGGCGCCGCCCGCUGCCGCACGCACACGCGCACACACACACACACCACGGUGGCUCAUCAGAAAACGAAGGUUCAAGCGUGGGAUCGCGCGUCAACAUCCAACAGAAACUGCAAGAGAAAAAACAGAAACAACUAGCCGAAUUACGCGUCAUAGAAGAAGAAAUAAAGCAAGGAAAACUCGCCAAAACCACGCCAGUCGCGGCAGAAGAAAUAUACAGUAGUCUACAAAGACAACCCAUACCCAGAGCGAAAACACACGCAGAACCACCCGCCUGGCCUAGUAUAGAAGUCGCGCAUUCAUACCAAAACUACCCAGUGUUACCCCAUACUUGCAUCUACCCCACUUACACGGAAAUAAAACCGGACUACGCAGAAAACUUUCAAAAUAACGAAACUUCAAACGACAUAAAAAUACGACAAAACAUAUACAACCAAGAAUCUAGAACGUUCUAUGAAAAUCCUGCUAAUUUACGCGGCGAAAACAGAGCAGUUAUUCGAUCGCCCAACUAUCUAGCAAUCAAUGAAAACAGAAACUUCGAAACCAGAAGUCCCCGGAAUGUUCUAGACAGUCCUCGAAACGCGUACAUAAGUGACGUCACUUCGAAUAACUACGACUCGGCCAUAGACAAAAGUCGACCACAGACAAACUAUACAGAUGAUAGACAAAAUAUAGAGUUCUCGAACUAUUGCGAGACAAAUCAGCCGUUUAAAUAUGACGAUAAAGACGAAUAUAUGCAUAAUGCUUUGAGUAACCAAGUGGAUAAUAUUCGGAUAUACAACGAGGUUGGGUGUGGCCAGUAUAAUCAGAAUUGUGAGCGAAUGUUCCCAUAUUCAGGGUUGCCAGGGAAGAAAAUAGAGCAAAUUAGGAAAAUGCAACGAUGCAGGACGCCAGAGAUAUUGUUGGCGCCGCAUUAUUUGGAGGGAUGUAAUAGACAAGUGUGCUGCCAUUGGCCGGGGCCUUAUGGCAGAAAGAAAGAGGAAGGCGGCAGCAGCGGGGAACAAUCCAGUCCUGAAGGAAACCGGGAGACGCCGAGACCUCCCAGCGAUAUCGACAGUCAGAUAUCUCUGCCCCGCUCGUACACGCUGCCCCGCGAGUUCCGCUACUGGCGGCGCCGUCCGCGCUUACGGGACGCGCACCUGCCCAGUAAUAAUAGCAGCGAUGGUGACGUAGACAGCGGCGAUAACGAGAGCGAUCGUCGUUCAAAUUGUUCUGCAACAUCCCAAAUCCACCCGCCGACAUACAGCGAUAACUUCGCCUACAGACAACCAGAUAUGAUCCCGCGACAAGACGACAGAUACGAUGUGUAUGGUGCGUGUGAUAGACGCCCGAGGCGGGGGUUCAGGAAACCCGGGCCCAAACCAGAGACUAAAUUAUAAAAAAAGUAAAAAAAUGGCGGGAAUUUUCCAGAAUUAUGAAUAUGAAGAAUUGUACAUUCUUUGAUACAGUUUUAUAGCAUAUAAAUGCUUUAUAAAUGAGAAAUUUUUUAAAUGGAAAA